CAGGCGGGUCAGUCGGCCGGGUGCAGGCAGCCAGGCAGGAUGGAGGACACCAACGCCCUCUACAGGAGUAUCGCCGCUCAGGACCACAGCUUCAAGGCCUAUGUGUGGAACAAACAAACCAGAGAAUUCCUGGGCCGGACGGGGACAUUAUGGUUUAAGCUGCUGGUGUUCUACGUGAUCUUCUACAUAUGCCUGGCUGCCUUCUUCGCCGUGAUGAUGGUGCUGCUCUACCAGUCCAUAGACACCCAGCACAUGCCCACCUACAUCCCCGGGGACGGCGGCUCCAUCAACCACAGUCCAGCCAUGGGCUACCGACCCAUGCCAUCACACGACUUCAUCCAGUCUACACUAAUAUGGUACAAGAGCGGCGACGAUGAGGGCAUCAAACACUGGGUCGACUCCCUCAACAACUUCAUCAAGGCUUACGAGGCGACGAGUGAGGUGGUGUCCGGGCAGCACAUAACCGACUGCUCGGAGGACAAGCCGCCCAAGGAAGGAGAGGUAUGCAGGUUCCUGGACACUUGGCUCACUGAUAAAUGUCAGAAAGCAGAGAGCUGGGGCUACAAGACCGAGUCUCCGUGCGUCCUCAUCAAGUUCAACAAGAUGAUUGGUUGGGUGCCAGAGGUGUACGAGCGCCUGGAGGAGCUGCCCGAGGAGAUGCCGCAGACGCUGAAGGAUCACAUAGAGAAGCGCACACAGGAAAACAAAGGCAAAGUUCCUAAGAUGAUCUGGGUGUCGUGUGAGGGCGAGAACCCCGCCGACCAGGAGUACCUCGGCCCCAUCCGCUACUCUCCCUGGCAAGGGUUCCCCGCUUAUUACUUCCCCUACAUGCACACGCCAGGCUACCUCUCACCCCUCAUCGCUGUCCAGUUUGACUCUCCUGCUUCCAAUCUUCUCAUCAGCAUCGAGUGCCGUGCUUGGGCCAAGAAUAUACAGCACAAUCAGAAGGAACAUCUCGGUCUGGUUCACUUUGAACUACUGAAGGACUAGUGACUUCCCUUCCCCAGUAAGGUGAACUCCUCAACUCCACAAACUAUUCACUCCAAAAACAGAGGUUUUGUAAAUAAGAGUACUUCCUAUUAAAGCUUCACAAUUGUUAUUGUUGAACGUAUCAAAAGAACGUAUUCCUUCCCUUGCUCGUCGAGGCAGCUCUUGUAACAUGAAACACACACACACACACUGUACAGUAUUUAUUAUGACUGUACAAAUGUAUUAAAAUUUUACGAAAUUGUUAAUAAUAAUUAAUGUGUAAAUGAUCCUGCCAGGCAUACAUUAUGUACAGAAAGUUUUGUUGCAAUUUAUUAGUUCAGUCUAAUGUAAAUAGUCAGGUAUGAAGAUUUAACUAUUUUGUGGAAUCAACCGAGCCUUUUUUGUUCAAUGACAGCAAUGCAGGCAUUUUAGUCAUUUGGCUUGGGUUAUAAGUAAAUCUAAAUCUUAUGAUAAUAUACUGGGUAUGGCUGCAUAUUGUAUUGCCUUCUUUGUAACGGAGUAUGGACACCGCUAAUUUAUUGGACGGCAGGAAAAAUAAUAUAAAUUGCGUCUGUUUUGGAAAAUAUUUUUAACGUAGAUUAUUGAGCAAUAAAGAUUUUUAACACCA